UCGCAGCAGGUCGGUCGCCAGUUCAACGCCUCCCUCGUCGUGGUUUGCUGCCGUGCAGAGGGAAGAGCGAACGGGGCAGUGUUGCCGAUGGUUUUGCGAUAAGGAGUGGUGCCGGUUUGUUGGUUUGCUACUAACAAGCACUAUUGCAACCGAAAAGAGUGCCCGCAUUUUCGGCGGUGCCCAGGUUCAACCCGGUGAACUUCCGUUCAACGCACUCAUCGAGCUCACCAAACAGGACAACUCGGUUCGAACCUCGUGCGGUUCCGUGCUGUCCAUGCAGUGGAUCCUGACCAGUUCCAGUUCCGUCCAGCAGGAUUCGACUCGUCCGGGGGCGUUUACGGUGUUCGCCGGAAAGUACGACCUUUUGCAGCGGGAAGGCAGCGAACAGUCCCGAUCUGUGCAGCGGGUACUUUGCCAUCCGGAGUUUGACGGUUCGGUUGAGGGACAAAACGAUAUCGCACUGCUCUUGUUGGCAAAGUCGUUGAGUUUUAACGAUUACGUUCAACCUGUUGCGCUGGAGACUAAUUGGAUGGUCUACCCGACUGGAGUGGCCACGAUCUCCGGAUAUGGGUCGAUCCGGGCUGAUGGAAGUAAGGCUAGUUAUUUGACGAGAUGGUCAGUUACUAUUAUGGCGCCAGAGAUUUGCAUCGCUACUCUUGCCUCUUCCAACUUGUCCUUGUUCUGCACGGAUCCGGCCACCUGUGAAGGAGAUUGGGGAGCACCCCUGGUGCAGCGUCGUGGCGACCAGUGGGUCCAAAUUGGUCUGAUGUCUUCCGGAACGCAGUGUGUCUUCUUUGGUCCUCCGACGUAUUACACCCACGUGGCCAGGUUCUUCAGCUGGAUCAACGAAACGAUUUCGACUCCCGUUGCGGAUGAACCUGACGGAGCGGUGCGACCAGUGAGCGGGGUGCUACUGAUUGGGGCCCUCUUUACGGCGACGCUUUACUAUCUUACUCACAAACAAUACAUCACACAGUAGGCUAUGACACGUGUAAACAAUGCGUCACUUUGAUCAAAUGUGUAAUCCGUCUUUCACUAUCUAUCACUGCCAAACCGUUUCCAAACCAUCAA